AUGUAUAAUUUUGGGGAGAGGGAGUGGGGUAAUUCUCCCAUCUGGCCCGGGGUUAUUGAUGCAACCUCAUUGAGCUGGGGCACCAGAGUGAAGGGCUUUAUUGCCUGUUUUGCAAUAGGCUGCCUGUGCUCUAUCUUGGGCAGCUGUCUGCUAUGGAUACCAAGGAAAGGAUUGAUUCUUUUUGCAGUGUUUUACACGUUGGGGAAUAUAUCAUCUAUUGGGAGCACUGCUUUCCUCAUGGGACCAAUGAGGCAACUGAAAAAGAUGUUUGAGCCUACUCGUUUGAUUGCUACUGUUGUUAUGCUAUUGUGCCUUAUACUAACACUGUGUUCUGCUUUUUGGUGGCACAAUGCAGGACUGGCACUUCUUUUCUGCAUUUUGCAGUUUUUUGCCCUGGCAUGGUACAGCAUUUCCUUCAUACCAUUUGCAAGGGAUGCUGUGAAGAAAUGUCUUUCAGUCUGUCUGACCUAAGAGGAAUACUGGAUGCUUCACAAAGUUCUUGGAAGGAUAGCAGAACUAUGUUAAGAUCACUGUGUAUGUGUUUUCCUACUUCUGUCUUAACCACGUGCCUUUUGGCUUCUUGUUGGAGGUUCACUGUCUUAAAUCCAGUGUGUGCAGUUAUUUGUUUUUGUAAGCAAUGAUGCCUGUAGGACAGGGUGCUUGUGUGAUUUAAAUGAAGUUCAGUCUGGCAGAAGAACUGGGCAGAAUGUAAUGUGAUAAUUUGUAUGUAAAAUCAUGCAUUUGUUUGGUUUUGCAAAAUAAGUGCAGAAAGUGGUGGGAUGAAGUCUGUAAAGCAGAGUCUGUCCUUGCUUCUGGGACUAAGCCAGUUUGGAG